AUGAUUGAUAAGGUCAUUAGUUUGAUAAAUUUCGGAAUCUCCAGUUUUCUUUCACCAAUUAAGAACUUCUUCAUCAUACCAAUAUGGUACAUUGGAAAAAUUUUAAUAGUUACUGCUUAUUUACCAUUUUAUCCAAUUUUAUAUACUUCGCAAAUUAAAGAGAUUGAUAUUUUUCAAAUUUAUGAAUUCGUGGUUAAUUUUUCCCAAUUCAUCAUUGUAAGUGUAUUCUUCGGCAUGGUUUCAGGGUAUGUUCUUAGUAAACAAUUACUUAUUUUGAGUAAUUUGAAAUUUAGUGACAAACCUUUGAUACCCGUUUUACCCCAUCAAAAUAUGAGAAGUCGUAAUGAUAUGAUCCAAGGAUCAAUUAAUAGAAUCAAAGAACGUAGAACUUAUGUUGAAGAGUAUUCCAAUUCACCUGGUCCGAUCGUUAAACAGGAGAGUGAAUUCACCACCGAAUUUUUGGAAUCAAUAAAAGAAGAUGAAUCUGAUAGUGGACCCUCAAUUAAAACUGAAGAAACAAGAAAUGAUACAUUGUUUGAUAAGUAUUUGGAUGAAACAAAAUUGACAUCCAUUUUGGAGGAUUAUAGUGAUAAAGUUGAUGAUAUUAAUGAAUAA